AAUGUUACUGCUAGGCUUUAAAUUUUUUAUUUAAGAUCAUUCACUGACAGCUGUCACUCCGCCAUUUUGUAAGAAACAGUUGAAAGGACGUACAUAUACGUAAACAAAGACGCUUUUUUUUACUUCUUGGGUCUUCCUCUAAUUUCCCAUUUAAUUUAGAACAUUUCAAGCAUUUUAUUAAAAAAAAACUUUAAAUGGCAGCAGUAGUUCGUAUAAAACGUCGUUUAGACGAAGACCCGCAAGAAACGUUAGUUUUAAAUUGUAAAAAGCGUCGGACAAACGGUUCACAAUCCCAAGAAGAUCUCAGUACAGUGCUCACGCUCGCAGGAACAUCCCAAAAGAAUGAAAACAUUGAGACUCUGCUUAAAAAACACAAAAUUCCCGAGUCCAAAGAGCUGAGAGAUCAGUAUAAGAAGCACACAGUGGAUAUGUCGACUAAGCUUCGCCUUGAGGCGAAAGAAGCCUCCAAAAACAACAGAUAUAAAGUGGUAAACUGCUUCAGAAAGACUUUAAACAGCACAGAGGAACCUGAAAAUGCUUCAGCUACAACCAGCACUUCCGAGAUCACAGUUUUAGACAUCGAAACUGAUCAUAACUGUAAUGAGGCCACAAUGGAGAACCGCGAGAGCAGCACAGAGCCUCAAGAGUCUAAUUAUGUAUAUGAUUUUUACUAUACAACCUCAGACGACUUUGGGGAGGCAGAUAUAGAUCAAUAUGUUAGCAUCCGGCCCUUAAAUGAUCCACUCUUCUUUGGAUCUGUAAGGGAUAAUGGAUUAAAUGGAGAAGACUCGGAAGAUGAAAGUGAAGAUUCUAAUGCAGAAAACUAUUUUACCAAUGAUUACCCCGAUGAAGAUGACCUGCAAAGCAUCAAUGAAGAUGAUAUGAUCGAAGCAGUAAACAACCUAAAAAUCGAAGAGGAUCUUCUUUCGAGUGACUCGGGUGAGGAGCAGUUAGUUUACAGUCGUGAAGAGGAAGAAUUCCAAGAUCGAGAGUGUGAGGUGGACAGAGAGGACGAACUGAGAUACGGGAAACUAUAUGCCAAAUUUAAAGCUAAAAAUAAAAACGUGCAGACUAGCAGUUUGGCCAAGGAUUUUUAUUACGGAGACAUCGAUGAGGAUGAAUAUUAUUAUUAAUUAUUUUGUUGUAUUUGUGUUUAUUCUAACUUGUUAUGACUUUAAGUAAGGUGAAAUUUCUUUUUUAGUGUAGAAUGUAAGUUUAAUGUGCAAAUACAAGAUUACUGUACUAAGUACCCUUUUAAAUUAAAAAAAUUUGUUCUUUUAAUAAAAA